AUGAACGCAAAGCUCUUCUUGGCAGCAAGCAUAGGCGCUGUCCUCUCUGUCUUGACAGCCCUCAACGUUAUCAAAUUUUGCUCUAUUAAAAAUAAUGCAGCAGCAGCAGAUGUAGAAAAGCUUUCAAAUCAUGAGGAAAAUAAGUUUGAAGUUGUUCCGAUUGUGGAAGGUGCUGUUGGUCCAGAGAGCUUUGCCUUCGACCCUCUCGGCGGAGGUCCCUACACCGGCGUUUCAGAUGGCCGCAUCGUCAAAUGGGAUCAAGAUAAACACCACUGGAUCAACUUCGCUGUAACUUCUCCAAACAGAGGUGGCUGUGAAGGGUCACAUGAACACGACAAAACGGAGCACAUUUGUGGACGUCCAUUAGGCUUAUGUUUCAACCAAACGAGUGGUGAUCUUUACAUUGCUGAUGCUUAUAUGGGCCUACUCAUUGUGGGCCCUCAAGGUGGCUUGGCUACUGAGGUUGUGACACGUGCACAUGGCAUUCCAUUUGGAUUUGCAAAUGCCUUAGACAUUGAUCAAGAACUGGGAGCAGUGUAUUUCACAGAUAGCAGUUCACAAUAUCAGAGAAGGCUGAUGAAAUAUGACCCAGAAAGCAAACAAGUGCAAGUUCUUCUUGAAAACCUCUCAUUUCCAAAUGGGGUGGCAUUGAGCAAAAAUGGAGACUUCAUUCUACUGGCAGAGACCACACAUUGCAGGAUUAUGAGGUAUUGGUUAAAAACACCGAAAGCCGGAACUUUCCAAGUGUUUGCUCAGCUUCCAGGAUUUCCAGACAACAUUAAAAGGAGCCCCAGGGGGGGGUUUUGGGUGGGGAUUCAUUCAAGAAGACUCUGGAUUUUGAAAUUGGUUCUUUCAUACCCUUCCUUAGGAAAUGCACUGCUUAAGCUUCCCUUGGACAUUACGAAAGCUUAUUCCUACGUGGCGAAAUGGACAGGGAACGGAUUGAUAAUCAGGUUGAGUGAGCAAGGUGUUAUAUUGGAAAUGUUUGAAGACACAAGUGGAAAUAGAUGGAAGUCUAUUAGUGAAGUGGAGGAGAAAGAUGAAACUCUUUGGAUUGGAUCAGUUACAAUGCCAUUUGCAGGAAAAUAUAAAAUUUAG